GUACCCGACUCUUUGAUGAUUAAGAACCUGUGCGCAUUGCACGUACGUACAUCCCAUCCCUGGCGGCAGUGGGUUAACCUUGGGAUCCCGGGCGCGCAGCUCAUCCACCACAUACACUUCCAGUCCUCCCUCGUUGGCAAAAUUUACCGGCUAACAAUGUUGUGGUUGGGAACAAUUUUGUUAUUUGUUUACACAGCAGACGGUCAAGGUGGCUCUCGCUGUGUCUCACUUGGUGAUUCGAACGGUAGCUGUGGCUCCCAGGAUGAGUGUUCUUCUUACCUGAGCCUCGUUAAACAGAAGAAUGAACCUUCUGUAAAGCCACUCUUCAAUACGACAUUAGGAGAUGAGCUGUUGAACUACGUUUCGAGAUGCUGCGAAUCAGCCUCUUCGAAGCCUAUCAUUCCUACCGAGGAAGAGUGCGGUUUCUCGGAGGCUCCGGGUCCUGCAAACGAUCUUCAGAGGCGUGGCGCAUGGCCGUGGCUUGCUACCAUCGGACUACGUGACAAGGGCAUAUUUCGAGCACUGUGUGGGGGAUCCCUUAUCACACGUCGCCAUGUUCUCACCGUAGCUCACUGCGUAAAAGCUUCCAAUAACACCUUUUUCGUUCGUCUUGGGGACUAUCACCUGACUAGCACUGACGAUGCAGACCACAUAGAACUGGUCGCUUUGAAUCACACGGAUCCUGGAUAUAAUGAAAUCAGCAGAAGAGACGAUAUUUCGAUUAUUACUCUGGAGAGAGACGUUGUAUUCAGUGACUAUAUUCGACCAGUGUGUCUUCCAUUCAACUACCGAGCCGACGAUUUCGUAAAUAAGCGUCUAGCCGUCGUUGGUUAUGGCUCUGCCGUCUUUGGUGAUAAACCCUCGGAAUUACCAAUUGCUGCAGUGCUGAAAGUGUCAAGUUUAGGCACCUGUCAAAGAAGUUACAGUCAGUUACAGCUGGGAAUGAGAAUCACCCUAACUGACUCGCAGAUGCGUGCAGGUGGUGGCAAUGGGGACUCCUGUACUGGUGACAGCGGCGGGCCUCUGAACUACUAUGAUAUCAACACCCGCCGGUUUUAUAUUGCUGGCAUAGUGUCGUUCGGCUUUGGAUGCGGCCUUCCGGAUUUUCCUGGAGUCUACACGCGUGUGGGAGCUUAUCUGCACUGGAUAGAGAACACAUUAAAUGUCAGCACUUAGAUAAAACCGACACAGCUAUUCAAAAUGUUUGCUCCCAAAGAGGGCUGUACUUGGUAGGCAAAGCAAAGAUAACUUACCAAGAAAGGGCCUAGCUUCCCCAAAGCUACACAGGCUUGGCUUUGGGGAUUGGAAGACAAAAGUUGGUAUGGAACUAGGACCAGUUCUCCCCCCUAAUUCAGCUACCUACACGAAAUCCUCAAAGUACCUGUUUCCAUGCAUGACCGUGAAAUAGAAAUGCAGUUUUAAUUAUGGAGAAGCUAUAAACCGGCAUGAAAGACAUUUGUACACCAGGAUAGCUAGCACUGUCAGCUAAUAGUGCGAGGGUAAAAAACAGUUAUUACUCGUAGUGAUAUUUUAUACAUGUAGAGACUUAUCCGCUUAGUUAUUGCUGCCCCUGUAAUAUUAUGCCCAUUUUAAAGGGCAACAAAAUUAUUUCAUCAUAUGCUUAAUUAAUGUAUAUCCAUGCUAUUAUUAUAUAAUGUGCAUUUAUUAAAUAUUAUUAUGACACGUUCAUAUCGUUUUCAAAUUUUGUGUACCAUUAGUAUUUCUACUGUAUACCUAAUUAUAAUUAUUAUUUUUGUAAUUAUAUUACGGUUCGCAUGUCAUAAUUAUAACAGAAAAGUUGACCUUGCAAAGCCUAUAUAUUCUUUUCUAUAAGGCAAAUCUGAUUGUCUUUCAGCAUUUGAAACUUCAUGGAUCCACUUAAGUUGUAGAAAUGAAGUUUGGCAAAAAUUCCUCCGGUAUUGGACCUUUAGAUUAAUAAAAGGUGAAGCCGUUCAA